UUAAUCCAUUGACGGUUUGCGUUAAAUUGUUUGUGUCAAAAUAAUUUAUUUAUUUAAAAAUUAUUUAGUUGCAUUUAAUUGUAAUUAAAAAUUAAAAUUAGUUUGACAUCUUGAAGUGGUUUUUUUCUUUUUUUUUUUUUCACAUCAAUACUCUCAUUGGUGAUCAAUAAAUCCGGGCUAAAAAGUCAAGUUGUAUAUAUAUUUUUUUUUCUCAUUGACGUACACGUGAAUAAAGGUGCAAAAAUAAUAAAAAAAAAAAAAAACAUCAAAGCUUGAAAGGUAGAAAAGUAAAAUCAAUGAAGCUCAUCUCUUAAAUACGUCAAACGUUUAUCGUCAUUUUGUUGAAGAACAUCGUUGUAAUUCUAUAAAAUAAAUAAAUAAAUUUAACAACAACAAAAAAAAAAAAGGAAAUAAUAAUAAAAAUGGCACAAGAAUCAACUAGUAAUUUAAGUCGUGAAGAUUUUGAUGCUGGACCAACAAGUUAUGAUAAAAUUGAAGAUAAUCUUUAUCUUGGUAAUUUAACAGCAGCAACAGAUGUUAAAUGGUUAAGAAAAAAUAAAAUAAGUCAUAUAUUAACUGUUGAUUCAUGUCCAUUACCAAGACAAAUACAAGAAUUACCAGAUAUAACAUUAAAAUAUAUACAAAUAACUGAUAUGCCACGUGAGGAUAUAUUAACAUAUUUUGAAAAUUCAUAUGAAUUUAUUGAUCAUGCUAUUAAAUCAAAUGGUAAUGUUCUUGUACAUUGUUAUUUUGGUGUAUCAAGAUCAGCAACACUUGUUAUUGCAUAUAUUAUGAAAAAAUAUGAAUUAACAUUUAUUGAUGCUUAUGAUAUUGUUAAAAAUAAAAGAAGAUUUGUUGGUCCAAAUCCAGGUUUUUUAGCUCAGCUAAAAUUAUAUGAAGAUAUGGGCUUUACAAUUGAUACACGUAAUAUAAAAUUUAAAUUAUAUCGUUUACAAAUUGCUGCUGAUAAAGUACGUAAAGCAAAAAUAUUACCAUCAAAUUAUAUUGAUUUAAUAAAACCAGAUCCAGCACUUGAAACAGUACAUCCAGAACCAACUGUUUAUCGUUGUGCUAAAUGUCGUAGAAUUGUUGCAUCAGCAAGUAAUAUACUUCCACAUUCACCACAUGAACGACAAAUAUGGAGACAUGUUAGUACAAAAAAAAAUAAAAAAAAUCAAGAUACUGAUAAUAUUAUUGUUAGAACAAUCAAUGAUAAUACAGACAAUAAUAAACAAUCUGAUAUUUGUAAAAAAAUAUAUUUUAUUGAACCAUUAGCAUGGAUGCCAGAUAUACUUAAUCAUGUUGAUGGUAAAUUAAAUUGUCCAAAAUGUGAAGCAAAAUUAGGUGCAUUUAGUUGGAUAUCUGGUUGUCAGUGUCCUUGUGGUAGUAAAAUUGCACCAGCAUUUUAUCUUAUACCAUCAAAAGUUGAUUGGAGUAAUGCUGUGCAAAAUGUUCUUGUUACUGUUUAAAAAAAAAAACAAAUUUAAGCUGAUAUAUUUUUUGAAUAAAUAUAUUUUAAAAGUUUCUAUAAAAGCCUAAAGUAUCUAAAUAAAUAGUAAAGAAAAAUCAUAUAAGCAAUUAUUAUUGUCAAAUGUAGAAAAAUAUUGACAAGA